UCGACGGUAUAUUGAUUUCAGUACGCAUGCAUGCGUGAUCGUUCAUCUUCUCUUACAUACAUCUACUUGGCUUGUUUUCUUUUUAUUUUUUAUUUCUUUUCACAGAAACAAGGUGGCUUGUCUACUUUGGUGAGCAACGGCUGUGUUGAUUUUCGUGGGCGACUAGCUGAUAAGGAGAAAACGGGCCAAUGGAAAGCCUCUGUUUUUAUCAUCGUGAACGAGGUUGCGGAGAGGUUGGCAUUUUACGCAAUUGCAGUGAGUAUGGUUUCGUACUUGGUGUCGGAGAUGCACCAGUCAUUGCCCAACGCUGUCACACAUGUAACGGACUGGGUUGGAGCUGCGUUUGUUCUUACUCUUCUAGGAGCCUUCCUUGCUGACGCUUACUUGGGCCGAUUCAAAACCAUCAUCAUUUUCUCCUGCAUAUAUGCAAUGGGAAUGGUCCUUUUGACACUCUCCGGCUCUUUGGACAACCUGCGCCCUUAUCCUUGCCUGGAUCCAAGAGACCGGAGGACAUGCCCGUCUGCAACUGAUGGCCAGACAGUUUUCCUCUACACUGCACUGGGGCUGAUCGCCCUAGGAACGGGUGGGAUAAAGCCAUGCGUGUCUUCAUUCGGAGCAGACCAGUUUGAUGAUGGGGAUGCGAAGGAGACGCACCAGAAGUUUGCAUUCUUCAAUUGGUUUUUCUUCGCCAUCAACAUUGGAGUGCUCUUUGGGAUAACACUCCUAGUGCACGUGCAGGUCACCAUGGGAUGGGGUUGGGGAUUUGGUGUACCCACAGUGGCCAUGUUCAUGUCGAUUUUGGUGCUUGGUGCCGGGGUUCGUUUUUAUAGGUAUCACAAGCCCACAGGUAGUGCAUUCACCCGCUUUCUUCAGGUUGGUGUGGCCGCCGUUAGGAAUCAUAUGCAUGGGGUUAAGCUAGGAGAUGGGACUCAUCUUUAUGAAGUGGGGACACCAGAGUCGGAUAUCGUUGGUGCAAGGAAGCUGCCUCACACGAAACAAUACAGGUUCUUUGAUAAGGCUGCAGUAGUAACCAUCUCCUGGGGCAGCAACACAAACAGAUGGAGGUUAUGCACUAUUACCCAAGUAGAAGAAUUCAAGUCGUUUGUAAGAGUCCUGCCCGUUUGGGCUUCCACCAUUGCCCUCUCGAUCUCAUUUGCACAGCUCUCCACGUUCUUUGUAAGCCAGGCCAUCAUCAUGGACCGAAAGCUCCCCAACACCAACAUCGCCAUUCCACCUGGCUCAGUCCCCGUCUUCAGUGCCAUCAACGCUCUCUUACUUGUUCCCAUCUACGAGGGCCUCAUGGUCCCCAUUCUACGGCGAUACACAGGCCACCGCUGCGGGAUCACAUCCCUACAACGUAUGGGCGUUGGACUCUUCGUCUCCAUCUUCGCUAUGGUUUCUGCCGCCUUGGUUGAAAAGAAGCGUCGUGACCAUAUCAACCCACCAAGCAUGAGUGUCUUUUGGUUGGUCCCUCAGUUCUUUCUCAUAGGCAGUGCAGAAGUGUUCACCUACGUCGGCCAGCUUGAAUUCUUCUAUAAUGAAGCGACAGAUGGAACCCGGAGCCUUAGUAGUGCAAUGUUCUUGAGUGAGAUUGGGAUCGGUAGUUGGUUAAGCACUGCAAUCGUCAAGACCGUCGAGGCUAGUACGGGAGGGGUAGAGAAGGGUUGGCUACAGAACAAUCUCAACCACAGUCGCCUCGACUAUUUCUAUUGGAUCUUGACUGCAAUCAACGGUGUUAACUUCUUCAUGUUCUUGGUUGUUGCUUGGUUGUUUAAAGGUAGCAAUGGAUUUAAUGGCAGUGUUCGAGACGUGGCCAUCGAUGAUGAGGCUAUUGUAAAAGAAGCCAAGAAUGGCCCCGAAGGGCAGCUUGAAAAGGUCUGAUUGAAAUCAGAGAAGGGGGAAAAAAAAAGAAAAGAA